CGUGGGUUUUUUUUUUUCCCCCCUCCUUUUGCAAACACACACGCACACCCCCAAAGCAUAUUUAACGCUGAUCCACUCAGGCGCCAUUAUCGGGGUUACGUCUGGAAGUGUUUUGGUUUUCUGUCUCUCUCUCUCUUUUUUUUUUCUUUCUUUCUUUUUUUUUUCUUUCUUUUCUUUCUUUUUCCUAACACUGGAUGGUGCAGCAUUCCCGUGGCCUGUGGUGUUUCGGCUCGACUGCGUUUUGUUAUUCAUUUCUCUCCUCUCCCCCCCGGCGCUCCCCCUCUGCCUGCUCUCCCAAUCCCCCCGAUCUCUCCGGGCACCAAGGAGGAGCCCGCACUCUCUCUACCACCGAUGUGGGACUGAGCCUCCCCUGCGUGUAGCAUGCUGUAGCCAAAAAGGAAGAGAGGAGGGGGAAAAGAAGAGAAAGAGGGAGAAGCGGCUCUCUUUCCCUCCCUCCCCCUCGCUUCCCGCGGAUUGACUUCAUGGCUUCGCUAUACCAACGCUUCAGUGGGAAGAUCAACACCUCCCGCUCCUUCCCCGUCCCCCCCGAAGCCAGUCACCUCCUGGGCGCCCAGUGCAGCGAGGAGGAUGGCUCUGCCGGCAAGACCCCACGUCCAUUGCAACAGGAAGGCAGCCGGCCCCGCUUCCAGUACCAGCCGCGAAGUGACUGCGAGGAGGAGGAUGAGCUGGUGGGGAGUAAUCCUCCACAAAGAAACUGGAAAGGAAUUGCAAUUGCCUUACUUGUUAUUCUCGUUAUCUGCUCCCUGAUUGUCACCUCUGUUAUACUCCUGACACCAGUUGAAGAUAACAGCUUAUCUCAGAAGAAGAAGAUAACAGUGGAAGAUCUCUUCAGUGCUGAUUUCAAAAUUCAUGACCCAGAGGCUAAGUGGAUAACUGAUAAUGAAUUCAUUUAUCGAAACCAGAAUGGCACAGUGAUUCUGAGGAAUGUUGAAACUAACAAUUCAACAGUAUUAAUAGAAAACAAAAAAAUUGUUUCCUUGAAGGCCGUUCGAUAUGAAGUGUCACCUGACCGGGAAUAUGCACUUUUUGCUUUUGAUGUUGAACCAAUGUAUCGGCAUUCGUAUGCGGCACAUUAUGUCCUCAGCAAAAUUCCUCACGGGGAUCCCCAGAAUUUGUAUCCCCCUGAGGUCAGCAAUGCAAAGCUUCAGUAUGCUGGUUGGGGUCCAAAAGGGCAACAGCUGAUUUUUAUCUUUGAGAAUAACAUCUAUUACUGUGCCCAUGUGGGGAAACAAGCCAUUCGAGUGGUCUCCUCAGGAAAAGAAGGUGUUAUUUUCAAUGGGCUCAGCGACUGGCUAUAUGAAGAGGAGAUCUUGAAGACUCAUAUUGCUCAUUGGUGGUCUCCUGAUGGCACCAGGUUAGCAUAUGCAACAAUUAAUGCUUCCAGAGUCCCCGCCAUGGAGAUCCCAGUAUACACUGGCAGUCUUUACCCUACUGUUAAAACAUACCAUUAUCCAAAGGCUGGAAUGGAAAAUCCAACUAUUUCUUUGCAUGUGAUUGGUCUGAAUGGACCUACCCAUGAUCUAGAGAUGAUUCCCCCAGAUGAUCAGAGACUGAGGGACUAUUACAUCACCAUGGUAAAGUGGGCUACCAGCACCAAGGUGGCAGUGAACUGGCUGAACAGGGCCCAGAACUUCUCCAUCCUGACGCUGUGCGAUGCGACCACGGGCGUCUGCACCAAGAAACACGAAGAUGAAAGUGAAGGUUGGCUGCACAGACAGAAUGAAGAGCCGAUUUUUUCCAAGGAAGGUCGGAAGUUUUUCUUUGUGAGAGCCCAUCCCCAGGGAGGACGCGGGAAGUUCUACCACGUUGCCAUGUCAUCAUCACAGCCCAACAGCAGCAGCGAUAACUUGGAGUCUAUCACGUCUGGCGACUGGGAUGUGACAAAGAUAUUGGCCUAUGAUGAAAAGAGGCAUAAAAUUUAUUUCCUCAGCACAGAAGAUUUGCCAAGAAGGCGGCAUUUGUACAGUGCAAGCACAAAUGGAAACUUCAACAGGCAGUGUCUGUCUUGUGAUCUGAUUGAAAACUGUACCUAUUUCAGUGCAUCUUUCAGUCACAACCUGGAAUACUUCCUACUGACAUGUGAAGGUCCCCGGGUUCCGAUGGUGACUGUUCACAGCACGACCGAUGCACAGAAAAUUUUUGAGCUGGAGGUAAAUGAAAAUGUGCAACUGGCUGUAAAUGACAGGCAAAUGCCUAAAGUAGAAUACAUGGAAAUCAAGAUAGAUGAUUACAAAUUACCAAUGCAGAUCCUAAAGCCAGCAACGUUUUCAGACAUGGCGCACUAUCCCUUGCUUUUAGUGGUGGAUGGGACGCCAGGCAACCAGAUCGUAACGGAGAGGUUUGAGGUGACGUGGGAGAGCGUGAUGGUCAGCUUGCACAACGCCAUCGUGCUGAAGUUUGACGGCCGUGGGAGCGGCUUCCAAGGCACUAAACUAUUGCACGAGGUUAAGAGGAGGCUGGGCCUUUUGGAAGAGAAGGACCAGCUGGAAGCUGUCCGGACAAUGCUGAAAGAGCAUUACAUCGAUAAAAUGCGAGUUGGUGUGUUUGGAAAGGACUAUGGUGGCUACCUGAGCACUUACAUGCUUCCAGCUGGCGAAGAAAACCAGGUGUUUGCAUGUGGAGCUGCUCUUUCCCCACUGACAGACUUCAAACUCUAUGCUUCAGCAUUUUCUGAAAGAUACUUGGGUUUGUAUGGGAUUGAUAACAGAGUGUAUGAGAUCACCAGAUUAGAACACAGAGUCUCAUUACUGAAGGAACAGACAUUUUUGAUCAUUCAUGCUACUGCUGACGAAAAAAUCCAUUUUCAGCAUACUGCGGACCUUAUCACACACCUAAUUAAGGCAAAGGCUAAUUACAGCUUGCAGAUUUACCCUGAUGAAAGCCAUUAUUUCAGCAAUCCAGCGUUAGAGCAGCAUUUGUACAACUCCAUUGUCAACUUCUUUGCAUCGUGUUUCCAAGUUCAGGACAAACUCCCAAUAGCUCCACUGAAAGAGGAGGAGGACGAUGAUUAACCCCUUGUGUCUGUGCUAAGCACAAGGCAGAUCCCUCUAACAAUAUGCAACUGGAUCAUUUUCCUGAAGAAAGAGAUGUUAUGUUGUUAGCAUGUAUUUAAAGACAACUGAAAGCAGCUCCUCUGCUUUACUUGACAGCAACUCCUUCCUAGAUGGAAGAACAUUAAGCAUGGUGAACUCAGCAGAAACUGCUGUCUGAAAUUAACUCAUCACGACCAACAUCUUUUUCUUUUCUCCAUUUUUUUCCUUUUUCUCUCCUUUUACUUUGCCACAAAGUGACUUCUGGUGUGAAAGUGGCAAAACGUUGGAUUUGAAGGAACACCCCAUGAAACCACUUUGAGGACUGGAAGAUGUGAUGUCCCUUUGCAUUCAAGCAAUCAAGCAGCAGCCCUGACAUCCAUCAUUUGUAUUACGUUCCUAUAGUUAGCAUCACACUUUGUCAAAGAAAAUCUAACCUAAUACACAGAAAAGAUUAUAGCACAGUUAUUUUAAAGGACACUGAUUCAUGCAUAUUUGCCUGCUCUUUCCCAUGAUUAGAAGGUUUAGCAUUGCUAAAGGACAUACAAAUUCAGUUGUAUGAAGUGUCACUAUAGUUACACUGAUGUUUACUUUCCUGUAAUUAUUUCUGAAUUUUUUAUAGCUUUUACUUCUGUUUUCAUUUGGUCUCAUGCUUACCUUAUUAGCUUCUCAGCUUGUUCUGGAUGAGAAAACUAUAUGAGGAAUUAACCAAUCCUCUUUAGACCUUAGAGGUCUGGAGAAGCAAUGAGGGUCAGGGUAACCAGCCAUUAGAAAAUCUGUUACACUCAACAAGGGAACCCUCAGUCUUAUGUUCCUGGCAUAACCCUUACUCACAAGAUCGAGCAUUUUCUGUGGCAGCCUUGAAAAAUACACACAUAAACAGCCUGAAUCAGCUUAACAUUGAGACACGUUUACAGUACUGAACAAAAAUAUGUGAUGGUCAUAACUUCUUUUGUUUUGUUUUUUAUUUCUGGUUGGCAGCCUGUUGGGAGAAGGCUCGGUUAGGUUUUGGCAGCAAGGAUUUGUGGCAGAUACUUUGCAGAUCAUCUCAUAGGGCCAUUUAAACAGAACCAGUAUGCUCAGUUUUAUUGCACAUGCUGUCUGUGGCUUAGUUUUAUUCCAGGUCGAUGAUUAGCAUUUGGUUCUCUCUUCUGCUCGCAUGAGCUUUGCCAGGCAUACUAGAUUUAAAAAAAAAAAUUAGGAACAUCUUUUCCUUUAAAAUAUCAUUUCUACAUUGCGGUGCAAAGCAAGUUUUAAAACUUCUUGUGAAAAUGUUGUAACUCUCAGAAAGAAAAUCAACGCUCAUCCAUUGCCAUUUUCCCACCUGAUAAGAAUUUUGGCUAGUGUCUCUCCUUGUAAAAUACUCUGACCAAAUGUACAGCCAGUAUUAAUACUGUAUAUUUCAUUUUGUUGUAUAUAAAGGAGUGUAAGUCAGUUAUUUGUCAGGUCCCCGACCCAAUAUUAGUCUUGUGUUCAGCAUGCAUGCGAUAACUCUUCUUUGCUGAUCAGGACUCUUUAGGAGUACUGGCUUGGAAAUAUAACAAUUAAUGUAAUUUCUUUUCUUGUUUUGACAGCUUGAAUGUCAAUGCCGGUUUCUACUUUUUACAUAGUACUGUGGGUAAGCUCACAUCCUGACAGCAAUGAUGAUGUCUCCAUUGGUGUUCUUUAGCGUGUCUUUUUAGUUGCCAUUAUUUUAAGCUUUGAAUGUUGGUUGUACUUUGACCAUCAUAAAAAAAAAAUAUAUAAAAAAAUAUAUAUAUACUGAUAAACCACAGAAGUUACUUAGUUUGGUUUGAUUAUCCUCUUUAAUUUACAGUGCAUCGCCAUUGUGUGAACAAGAACUGCGGUAUAAACCUGCUUUAUCCGGCAGAAUGCCAAAUAGACAAUAAGAAUGCUGCGUGUCCAGAUUUUGCUACACUGAACAGGCUCAGUGGCCUCAAAAUGAACUUGACCUGAGAAAUGUUAACAAUCUGCUCCGUCCACGAUCUUUUGUAGAAAGAACUUUAGGAUGUGGCAUGGUAGUGUUUGUUCAUUCAUGGAAUAAAACAUUA